AGGUAAAUAUCUGAAAGUGGAAAAAUUGAGUCAUAUGACAGGAAUAUGUUUAAAUUUUUAAGAAACUGCCAGAUAGUUUUCCAAAGAGAUUGUAUCAUUUUCAUUCCCACCAGCACUGUAGAAGAGUUCCAGUUGCUCUACAUCCUCACCAUAUCUUUGUGAGGUUCUUUUCUUUUUUAAAAUAAUUUUACUGAAGUAUAGUUUAUUUACAAUGUUCUGUUAAUUUUUGCUGUGCAGCAAAGUGAUUCAGUUACAUAUAUAUAUUCUUUUCCAUUAUGGUUUAUCACAGGAUACUGAAUAGUUUCCUGUGCUACACAAUAGGACCUUGUUAUUUAUUCAUCCUAUAUAUUGAUAUAAUACUUUGCAUCUGCUAAUCCCAAAAUCCCAAUCCUUCUCUCCCCCACCCCUCCUCCCCCUUGGCAAACACAAGUCUGUUCUCUAGAUGAGUCUGUUUCUGUUUUGCAAAUAUAUUCAUUUGUAUUGUAUUUUAGAUUCCACAUAUAAGUGAUACCAUAUGGUAUGUCUUUCUCUUUCUGACUUACUUGGCUUAGUAUGAUGAUCUCUAGGUCCAUCCAUGUGCUGCAGAUGGCAUUAUUUCAUUCUUUUUUAUAGUUGAGUAAUAUUCCAUUGUGUGUAUGUAUGUAUAUAUGUGUGUGUAUAUGUAUACACACACCUAUGUACCAUAUCUCCUUUAUCCAUUCACCUGUUGAUGGACAUUUAGGUUGUUUCCAUGUCUUGGCUAUUGUACAUAGUGCUGCAUGUAUCUUUUUGAAUUAUAGUUAUGUCUGGAUAUAUGCCCAGGAGUGGGAUUUCUGGAUCAUAUGGCAAGUCUAGUGUUUUGAGGAUCUCCAUACUGUUUUCCAUAGAGGCUGCAUCAAUUUACAUUCCCAUCAACAAUGUAGGAGAGUUCCCUUUUUGAUAUUGCACUUUUUACAAAUUGAAGGUUUGUGGUGACCCUGCGUUGUCAGAUGAUGGUUAGUACUUUUUAGCAAUAAAGUGCUUUUUAAUUAAGGUAUGUAAACUGAUUUUUUUUAGACUUAAUGCUAUUGCACACUUAAUAGACUACAGUAUAGUGUAAACAUAACUCUUACAUGCACUGGGAAACCAAAAAAUUCGUGUGACUCGCUUAAUUGCAACAUUCAUUUUAUUGGGGUGGCCUCGAACUGAACCCAUGAUACCUCUGAGGUAUGCCUGUAUAGUCCUGAUACAAAUUCUUUGUCAUUUAUGUGUAUUGAGAUAUACGUACCAAUUGUGACUUGUAUUUUUAUUUUCCUACUACUGUCUUUUGAACAUCCAAAGUUUUCAAUAUUUGUUAAGUCCAAAUUAUUGCCUUGGUUUGUCCCUUUUGUGUCAUAUCUAAGAAAGUCUUGCUACCCGCAGGUCACAUUUUCUUCUGUGCUUUCACCUAGGAAUUUUAUCAUUUUGGCUUUAUAUUUUGGUAUAUGUUCCAUUGAGCCAAUUUUUGUGUCUUGUGUGAGGUAAAGGUUGAAGUUCUUUUUUUUUUUUUCCCAAUUUGUAUAUAUAGUUUCUCCAGUACCCUUUCUUUUAAAGACUUUCCCUUCCCCAUUAUAUUGUCUUGUUGGUAUCUUCACUGAAAAUCAUUUGACCGUAUAUGCAUGCAUUAAGUUCUAAUCUCUGUCCUUUCACCAGUACCACACUGUCUUGAUUACUGUAGGUUUAUAGUAAAUUUUGAUAUCAGUUCAAUUUGUAAAAUCACUUUGACUACUUUAAUAGAUCAUUUGCAUUUCCAUAUAAAUUCUAGGAUGAAGUUGAGAAUUUCUACCCAGAAAUCCUCCUGGGGUUUUGUUUGGGAUUGUGUUGAAUCUAUGUAUCAGUUUGGAGAGAAAUAACAUCCUAAUAUCAUUUUUUUCAAUUCCUGAGUAUUGUUUAUUUAGCCAUUUUUUACAGUCUUAAUUUCUCUUAGCAGUGUUUUGUCAUAUCCAAUGUAGUGGUCUUAUAUUUAUAAGUAUUAUAUAGCUAUAUAUAAAAAAUAUACUUAUAUCUAAAAUUUUUUUCCCUGAGUCUUAUGUUUUUUUGGUGCUUUUAUAUUAAAAAGACCAUUUUCCAAUUGUUUGCUGCUAGUAUGUAAAAAUGUAAAUUGAUUUUUAAAAUUUUUUUAUUGAAGUAUAGUUCAUUUACAAUGUUGUUAGACUUUUAUAUUAACUUUACAUCUUUUGACCUUGCUGGAUUGAUUUAGCAGUUGUUCUAGUAGUUGUUUUGUAAGUUCCUGAGGAUUUUCUGCAUGAACAUUUUUUCUGCAAAUACAGUUUUAUUUCUUCCUUUCUGAUCUUUAUGUCUUUUUCUUGAUUAAUUGUAAUAGCUAGGACCUCCUGUAAAAUGUUGAAUAGAAUUGUUAAGAGCAUAUAUACUUGCAUUGUUGUAAGGGGAAAUGUAUUCACUCUCACUGUUGAUGUUACAGAUUUUUCAUAGAUGCCCUUUAUCAGCUUGAGGAAUUUCCUUUCUGUUCCUGGUUUGCCGAGAAUUUUUAUAAUAAACAGGUGUUGAAUUUUUUUUGCGGUACAUGGGCCUCUCACUGUUGUGGCCCCUCCUGUUGCAGAGCACAGGCUCCAGACGUGCAGGCUCAGUGGCCGUGGCUCACGGGCCCAGCUGCUCCAUGGCAUGUGGGGUCUUCCCAGACUGGGGCACGAACCCGUGUCCCCUGCAUCAGCAGGUGGACUCCCAACCACUGUGCCACCAGGGAAGCCCUACAGGUGUUGAAUUUAAUGAUAUGAUUUUCCUUUUUUUAAUCUGUUAAUUUGGUGAAUUACAUUGAUUUUCAUAUAUUAAACCAACCUUGCAUUCGUGGGACAAACUCCACUUGGUUAGGAUUAUGCUUUCAUAUGUUCCUGGAUUUUAUUUGCCAUAAUUUUAUAUAGGCUUUACAUUUAUGUUCAUGUGCUACAUUGCUUUUGUAAAUCAUAAUAGGAAUUUUGGUUUUACUAUAAAUAAGGUGAGAAACCAUUGGAAAGUGUUGAACAGAAUAAUAGGUGAUUUGAUUUGGGAAUGAAAAGGGUAAGGCAAAUUAAGGCCAAUGGCAGGUUAAUAAAGAAAUUUGAUACAAAAUUACUUCUAUAUGAAGGCGUCUUAGCUUGAGUAUCAAUUGAAAACUUACAUUUGGUUGGAACAUACCACACAGAAAAUGAUACUCAGGAAGACCACUUCCAGGCUGCAAAAGUUUAACCAUAGAGUUUUAUGUACAGCCUAUGGCAAUUAAUGGUACUGGGAGUUUUUUUAGCCACACUGACAUGAAAUUGGUUUUUUAAAGGUAAUGAACUUAGCUUGAAUGCAGGAUAACUAGCAGCAAGAGAGGAAGGGUGUUUGCAGACUGUUAUAUUAAUAUAUAUAUAAAAAGAUUAUUAUGAUUUUCUGAUAGUUACCUUUAGUUAUGCAUGAUUUAUUUUCUUCAUAAAUUUUCCUUCAUUCUCAUUCUCUAUAAUCUCAUUAUUAGACUGCAUUUAACAGCUGUUAAAUCCUUGAACUUCUUAUGUAGUUCAUUCACCAAUUUGUGCUUUAGAACUUCUUCUUUUCUAAUGCAUAAAUACAAAAGACAUUUGUUUUCUUGGUAUCUUUUAGAUUGGGAGUAUGCAUUUAAAAACAAUGAAUUUUCAUCAAAGCAAGUUAUUUAUGAGGAAUCAUCCAAAGUAAGGACAAUGGGAAGAAGCCAUCUUAGUUAUAACCUUGACUGCUCCAGUUUGAGAGAAGACUCUAAAAAUGAGGACUGGUUUAAGAACCACUUGGGAAGUCAGGAGAUACAUUCUAGUCAAUUGAUCAUCACUCAUAAAGAAAUCCUGACUAAAGAUCAAAGUAAUGAAUAUACUAAAUCUUGGCAAACUUUCCAUCAGGAUGCAAUCUUUGAUAUAAGGCAGAGUUUUCCCACCAAAGAAAGAAUACAUAAGCAUGAGCCACGAAAGAGAAGCUACCGGAAAAAAUCUGUUGAAAUGAAACGUAGGAAAGUCUAUGUAGAAAAGAAACUUUUGAAAUGUAAUGAAUGUGAGAAGGUUUUCAACCAGAGCUCAUCUCUUACUCUUCAUCAGAGAAUUCACACUGGAGAGAAACCCUAUGCAUGUGUUGAAUGUGGGAAAACCUUCAGCCAGAGUGCGAACUUAGCUCAACAUAAGAGAAUACAUACUGGAGAGAAACCCUAUGAAUGUAAAGAAUGUAGGAAAGCCUUUAGCCAGAAUGCCCAUCUUGCUCAACAUCAGAGAGUUCAUACUGGAGAGAAACCUUAUCAGUGUAAAGAAUGUAAAAAAGCCUUCAGCCAGAUUGCACACCUGACUCAACAUCAGAGGGUUCAUACUGGGGAAAGACCUUUUGAAUGUAUUGAAUGUGGAAAGGCCUUUAGUAAUGGCUCAUUUCUUGCUCAGCAUCAGAGAAUUCACACAGGAGAGAAGCCUUAUGUAUGUAACGUGUGUGGGAAAGCCUUCAGCCAUCGAGGAUACCUAAUUGUACAUCAGAGAAUUCAUACUGGAGAGAGACCCUAUGAAUGUAAGGAAUGUAGGAAAACCUUCAGCCAGUAUGCACACCUGGCUCAACAUCAGAGAGUUCAUACUGGAGAGAAACCUUAUGAGUGUAAAGUAUGUAGGAAAGCCUUCAGCCAGAUUGCAUACCUUGAUCAACAUCAGAGGGUUCAUACUGGAGAGAAGCCCUAUGAAUGUAUCGAAUGUGGGAAGGCCUUUAGCAACAGCUCGUCACUUGCACAACAUCAGAGAAGUCAUACCGGAGAGAAACCUUACAUGUGUAAGGAAUGCAGGAAAACAUUUAGCCAGAACGCAGGCCUUGCUCAACAUCAGCGAAUUCACACUGGAGAGAAACCUUAUGAAUGUAACAUUUGUGGGAAAGCCUUUAGCUACAGUGGAUCUCUUACUCUACAUCAAAGAAUUCAUACUGGGGAAAGACCCUAUGAAUGUAAGGAUUGCAGGAAAUCUUUCAGGCAGCGAGCACACCUUGCUCAUCAUGAGAGAAUUCAUACCAUGGAGUCAUUCUUGACUCUUUCCUCCCCCUCACCCUCCAUGUCCAGUCAGUUGCCAAGACCUGUAGGUUCUAUCUCCUAAAUAUGCCUUGAAUCUGACUCUAAUUAAUUAAUUUCCAUUCUGUCAUCUUUGUCCAGUACACAAUAAUCUAUCUGACAUGGACUAUGGAAAUAACUCUCUAAUUGAUCUCCCUGUGUUUACCAUUUCCUGCUAGCAGUGCAUAUUACAGUCAAACUUGUGUUUAAAAAGUUUAAUCAUAUCACUUCUCCAUCAUUAAAACCCUUCAUUGGCAUCCCAUAGGUCUUAGGUCAAGGCACACAUUCCUCAAAAUAGCCUAAAAGACCUCCAACCCCCAAUACUUUGUUCCAGUCUACAUUUCAGAGUCCCAUCUCAUGUUAUCCACCUCAUUCUUUGGCUACUUAUCAACAUUAAGAAUUUACAGUGCAGCAUCAAAUAGAUCUGGGUUCCAAUUCUUACUCUUCCAUUUUCUGGCCCUCUAGUUUUGGAGAAACCUUUUGUCCCUUGUAAGCUUCAGUCUUUUUAUUUAUAGUAUGGAAAAUAAUAAUGGUACUACCUCAAGUUAAUGUAAGGAUUAAAUGAGAUAAUGCAUGUGAACUGCUCAGCAGAGUGCCUAGCAUAAAGUAAUCACUCAAUAAAUACUAAUGUAAAAUAAAAAGGUACUAUGAAAAAAGAAUAUCAUCUCAGCAAUGAUUAUCCACGAAAUAACAAAGCAACCCAAAAGACUGUAAAGGUUUUUGAUUAGGAACAGCAGUCAUUGUUCUAAAGGUGGGUGUUAGGGGUAUCCAGCACAGGAGAGUUAAUGUUGGAGUCCAUGAUGACAGAGUAAGAUGGGGGCCUCUGUUUCAACAUGAAUACACAGAGAUAUGAUUUUGUUGAUAAGAAAAACUAACUUCAUUCUAUAGUCGACAGUUUUAAGAAGCCAGGUGUUAAAAAUCACUUGUAAUAAGUAAAAUUUACUGAGAUGUA